CCGCCCUGGCUCCCCCCCCCCGUGUUUGUCGUUGUCCGACCCUACCCAAUUUCUCCAAUUUCACCUUGCGCGCCUCUUUCGCCUGCAUCAACACACCUCCCAUCCACCCCCCGGGCUCAACCUUUUGCUUGGCCUUAGUAUAAGUCUUUCUUAAUAAGUCUACCUUGGUCCGACAACUUUCCGCAUGGUGACUAGCUAAGGAGCCUAUUCACAACGCAAAUUCACGCCUCCUCUCCCCCUUCCCGGUGCUCGUCGGCGUCAGCGCAUUCUAAGAACUCCACCUCUUCAUGGCACCGCCGCAACCGCUCAGAUCGGCUUCCGGCUCCGCAAUGUCCGAGUCUGCAUCCACAACCAUCCCUGUACAUGCCGUAAAUGGCGACACCCAUGCGCCUUAUGAUCCUCGUCAACCCUCGCUCUCAGACCCUAACAAGCCGGUGUCGGUGAACCGCAAGAAGCAGAAGCGCAGGCAGAAGCAGGCAGCCCGGUUGGCAGCGGAGCGUCAGCUCGGAAGUGAACCCGGUGCUGAGCAGAACGGACCCAGGCCCGUCGACCCAGAGGGACAUCUGUCGGAUGAGCAUGAGAUUGACGAGCCUGCUUCGAACGGCGACGCCUACCAUGAAGCCGACGAGCAUUAUCAACACGAUCUGACGCAGUCGCAUCUUCCCGCCAAUCCUGUCAAUGGACAAAGCGAUGAUCAACAAUCUGCAGCAGCGGCUACCCGAAAGUCAAAAAAGAAGAAGGGCAAGAAGGGCCGGGCGGGUUCGCAGGCGCAUGGCGACGACAGUUCCACCCCGCUAUCGACUCCCUCAAUCUCCAUCUCGCAUUCUCUUCCCCCGCCGUUACCCCCGCACCUCGGAUCGCAUACCAUCCUCAAGUCGACCAAAGACCGCAGCAUAUGGAACACCUCCACGCAGGAAGAACGAGAGAACAUCAAGACUUUCUGGCUGGAGUUGGGCGAGGAGGAGCGGCGGCAGCUGGUCAAGGUAGAGAAGGACGCCGUCUUGAAGAAGAUGAAGGAGCAGCAAAAACAUUCGUGCAGCUGCACCGUCUGCGGCCGGAAACGCACAGCCAUCGAAGAGGAACUGGAGGUGCUCUACGACGCCUACUAUGAGGAGCUGGAACAGUACGCCAAUAACAACCAAGGGUCGUUCGAAAAAGGCCCACCGAUGAUGCCGCCUCCUCGACUAUACCAUCCUCCUUUACGGUCCCCUGGUCAACAUACGCGGACACAAGGCCAAUACCACCCUUCUCGAGGCCGGAUCCAUGAGCUACCAGAGGAUGACGACGAAUUGGAGGAGGAAUACGAGGAAGACGAGGAGGACGAGGAACCGUACAGUGACGACGAGUACGAAGAUGAAGAAACCCGUGCAGCUCGCGCAGAUUUCUUUGCCUUUGGGAAUAGUCUCACUGUUAAAGACGGAAUUCUUACGGUCGCAGAUGAUCUGCUCAAAAAUGAUGGGAAGCAUUUCAUUGACAUGAUGGAACAAUUAGCCGAGCGUCGCAUGCAGCGAGAAGAGGACACACAGUAUGGAAUCGCGGCAGCGCAUCAAACCCUCCAUAGCGGUCACAAUCACGGGCCCCUGGAUGACGAAGACUAUGACGACGAAGAGGAUGAAGAUUAUGAUAGUCAAGAAGAAGAAGAUUACGAGGAAGAUGAAAUGGAUGCGAUGACGGAAGAGCAACGCAUGGAGGAAGGCCGGCGGAUGUUCCAAAUAUUUGCCGCUCGCAUGUUUGAACAGCGCGUGCUGACGGCAUACCGAGAAAAGGUUGCGGAACAGCGGCAGCAGAAACUGAUUGAAGAGCUUAUGGAGGAGGAAACGCGGAAUGAGCAACGAAACGCCAAGAAGGCCCGCGAGGCGGAGAAGCGAAAGGAGAGGAAGAGGCUUCAGAAGCAGGCUAAGGAGGAGGAAAAGGCCCGUCGAGAGGCCGAGAAGGCGGCGGAGGAGGCGGCUGCCAAGGCCGAGCAGGAGAAGAAGCUCGAGGAGCAACGGAAGAAACGCGAGGAACAGCGGAAGAAACGCGAGGCGGAGCGGAAGGCCCAGGAAGCGGAACGUGCCCGCAAAGAGGCAGAGAAGCAACGACGGCAACGUGAGGAGCGAGAACGGCAGGCCGAGGCAGAGCGAAAGCAGCGGGAGCAGAAGGAGCAAGAGAAGAAGCGGCGCGAGGAAGCACGGCAAAAGGAACGCGAGGAGCGCGAGCUGCGGGAGAAGCUGGCCAAGGAAGAGCGAGAGCGCAAGGCCCGGGAUGAGCAUACGCGGAAUCUUACAGCCAACGAGGCUCAGCACGGCAAACGCAUCUCGCAUUCCGGGCUGAUGCCUCUCUCCGCGAAUGUGAAUCACUCGCAAGCUCCGGGUCCCGGGCAAUCUCAGUCGCCACACUUCUCUACGACUCAUCCGGUGGUACCUCAGGCGCCCACUCCUUCGAGGCCCCGGCAAACGUCCCAGCAGGGCUCCCACAGCUCCUCACCACGGUCCCAGCCCGCCAGCACCGAACCAUCGCAGGUCUCAAUCUCCCCUCGUUCGAUGGCGCCGUCCCAGUCGUCUGGAGCCUCCAGUGUUACGUCGAAACAGAGCCACGGGCAGCAGCCAAUGCUUCAUCAUCCCCAACCAUCAACACCCUUGUCUCCUCUCGGAUUAGGUCGGGCCCCUCCGCCUGGGUUCUCGCCGUCCCAUCCGCCUGGUUUGGGUCUGGUUUCCAGACCGCCGAUCGGCCAUGAGCUGCCUGGCUAUCCGCCACACUCUGGACCGCUCCUCAAUCAGCUGCGAGGAUUCCCUGCCCCUAAUGGAAUUCCGAUUCCUCUUGGCAUGAAUGGCACCCGCCCGAUACCCCCUGGACGAGGCUUUCCCCUCGAUCCCGGACACGGAUUGCCAUUUCAUAGUCAACAGCCCAUGGCCAGCGCAUUCUCCGCGCAGGCAAGUGGACUGUCGCAUGCCCAUUCCCGGCAGCCUUCCAGCUCGUUUGAGCGGUCGCCGCUUGAAGCACAGGCGCAACCGUCUCCUAUCACCCGCCCCAGCCCUAUCAAACGCCCGUCCAGCACGCAGCAAGACCUCAACGACCCCCGUCGCAGUCAGAACGAGGUGGACCACCUGAGUGCCCAGCUAGGCAGCAGUGCGCUUCUGGAUGACACGGACAUCCCCUUCGCAUCACACCUGUCCCAGUCUCUUCCGGGCGCUACACUUCCAGGUUCCCUGCCUGGGCCCACUCGAGCCAGCUUUGCGGCCCCGUCGUUGUUCCCUGACCCGCUUACCGCCAAGCACGGUGCCUUCCCUGUCAGCCCUAGCCUCGGGAGCACAUGGGGUACGCAAAUACCCUUUGGCACCUCGCCGUUCCCUGGAGGGCCGACUUGGGGAACUGGACCUGGGAGCGGUUGGUCGAACAAUGCGUUCGGGCCCGGAGUACAUCAUCGCGCUCACACGUCUCGUCCCGUCACGAUCCGAUUGUUGGUGAUCCAAGCCUGUAAGCAGCUCAACAUGAUGAGUCCCUCCAAGGGCGCGACUGGAUACCACGACGUGAAGGUCGUCCUGCGCCAAGUGGAGCAGCUUCGGUCCCCAAGCGAGCCCUCCAUCUCCCUGAAGGAGAUGCUCGACAUCUGCGACACGGAAGGUAAUACGCAAAACGGCGGCGGGUCGUUCUCGAUCCGGAAUGACGAGACGGGGGAAUACGUCAAAUUCGAGCCGGACACCAACAGUGCAUCCUCAGGUCACAGGGGCAGCAUUGUCCCCGGCGAGAUCGGCAGUCCCAUCCCCAGUAGCAGUUCUCUGGCAUUUGGCGGACCCACCCCCUCAGUACUACGACAGUACUCUUCCCCACCGACCGGGUUCUAGGCGUUUUCCUAAACGUGUUUCUUCUUUCUUGUAUUGUCCCCCCUGAUAUGGGAAGACAAACUGGCGUUUUCGACAUGUCCGAUACCGUACCUCAUUUGCAUCCUCAUCCUCAUCAUCCUCAUGAUUCUUCAUCAUCACGUAAAGCGUGUUCCUUACUGUCAUGGCUGCUUUGUGUAUCUGUCUGAUUCUGUCUUGACUCCCCUGCGCUCCAGCCGUUUUUAGUUGCUGAGACAAACCUACCUACCUACCUACCUACCUACCUACCUACCUAUCCAUUUAACCUACCUUUGUUAUGAAGGAACUGAUUAUCCCUUUCUCCUCUGGCAUGUCCGAUGUCUUACCGAAUUAUAUUAUAACUUUCUCAACCUCAUCCUUUCUCUCUUCGCAGCAGCAUCAUCAUCAUCAUCCUAUCCGGGACUUGAUAAUAUAGCCCUUUCCCGCUGCCCUCUAUGCAAUGCAAUCGAGAAACUCCACCGUUUC